CGUCGAUGGCUACAUUCUGGGCCUACGAAUAUGUUUGUUCACUGCAACAAGAGUGGACGUUCCUGCAUCGAUCGCGUUGGACCAAGGUAAAAGGCCUCUAUAUCCUUACACGAUAUGUUCCAUUUCUACUCCUCACCACGAAUCUAUAUACGUGCCUCGUCCCAAAUAAUAAUCCAGGUAAAUGUCGGACGUGGGUCAACAUCUGCUCAAGUUUUAGCAUAAUAUUAGGCAUUUGCUCCCAAAGCUUUUUUAUCCUCAGAACGUGCGCGCUAUGGAACAACAAUAGAAUCGUGGUCGUAUCCAUGCUGUUAGUAUCUAUUGCUUUUGUCGCAUCAUCCAUCAGCAUUUCCUUUGCUGCUACUGCCACAGCACCAUUUGCAACCAGCCAUAUUCCAGGCAUCACAGGCUGCUACCAGGUUAUGAGCAGUAUCCAACUCUUCAUACCGUUUCUUCUUUACUUUGCGCUUGCACUGGGACUCAUGGCCCUCACACUCGUACGCGCCAUCAAGAGCUGGCGGACGACCAACGGCCAUCUUUAUGUUGUCCUGCUGAGGCACAACAUAUCCUACUAUGCAUGUGGUCUUUUGUUCUCGGUGACGAACAUCUUCACAUCGCUGCUCCUCCAUUACGCAUACCACGCCAUGUUGCAUGACCUCCAGUUUAUCGUUCUUGCAAUCCUCGCCACAAGCAUGCACCGCCAUCUCUGGCAAAUGGACCCGCAUACACACGUGUCUGACACCAAUGUGCGUUUUCUUUUGUCCGAAUUUUCAACCGCAGAUCGUAUGGCGGAACAUCUUGUUCCAUGGGGCGAACUUUGAGCUGCACGAUGACUGGUGGGGGUUAACUAGAUCGGUUCCGGGAUACAUUCAACUUAUAGGAAUAUAUUUUCUGUCGUGGAAUGUAUUUGGGUGGCUUUGGUAUUUUCCAUUACGAUAGGUGUCAGGCUUCCUCUGCAAGCAAUGGCGAAUCAGUAGAUACAGAUCAGUGCUAGCAUUUGAUUGUACUAGUUUAAUCAGAAGUAGGGCCUGACGACGAUGAGAAUCAAUACAUUGGAUAUGGCCCUUGCGAUAAGUAGUGC